AUUUUUUCAGUACCAAUUCUAUUUAUAUUCAAUUUUAACUAAAGUUGUAAAUUCUAAAAAAAUAUUUUACAUUUUUCUAAACGUUGAAAAUUGUUAUUCUACUAUUACGUUGCAGUAAUUUCAUGUUUUCUGAUAAGCGUGUGGCCAUGACAACAAUAACAAAGAAUGACUGGGUGGUUUUCUUUAUUUAAAUAAAAAUUUUUUUUAUAUAAUUAACAUAAUGAAGAUAACUGUCACAACACACGAUGACCACUUGUUUGUACUCGACGUAAGCGAGGACUUAGAACUAAUCAAUUUCAAGGCACUUUGUGAAGUAGAAACCGGAAUUCCGUCACAAGAGACUGGGCUUACACACAAUGGUCAGCUUUUGGUUGACGAUUUUAGUACGAUGAAAAACUUGGGUGUUCAUGAUGGAGAUGUUAUCAUAAUUCAGAGAGUUGCAAAUAGCGCUACUGCAAUGGAUCACUCAUUUAGUAGACCGAGCAAUAACGUGUUACCACAAUUUGACUUUAGCCGUAUUCAAGUGCCUGGUUCAUCUAAUAGCAGCUCAAAUACUAACAUGCAACAUCAGAUGCAGGAUGCAGAGUAUGUUCGGAACUUGUUUCUCUCCAGUCCAGAACAAUUAGCACUCCUAAAGCAAAAUAAUCCCAGACUUGCAGAUACAUUGACCUCUAACAAAAUAGAAGAAUUCGCAAAUGUUAUGGCUGAGCAAAUGGAAGAACGAAAAAAGCGUGAGGACCAAAGAAUGAGAAUGAUGAAAGCUCAUCCAUUUGAUUCUGAAGCACAAAGAUUAAUAGCAGAAGAAAUACGUCAAAAAAACAUUGAAGCUAACAUGGAAGCUGCUAUGGAAUACAAUCCAGAAAUGUUUGGAACAGUCGUCAUGCUUUAUAUCAAUUGUAAAGUAGAUGGAUAUCCAGUGAAAGCUUUUAUCGAUUCAGGUGCUCAGACUACAAUAAUGUCAUCUGCUUGUGCUGAACGGUGCAACAUCAUGCGUUUAGUUGAUAGUAGAUGGGCUGGGUUAGCUAAAGGUGUUGGUGUACAAAAAAUUAUUGGCAGGAUACAUAUGGUUCAAGUUGCAAUUGAAAAUGAUUUUUUAACAACCAGUUUUUCUGUUCUUGAAGAUCAGCCAAUGGAUAUGCUUCUUGGAUUAGACAUGUUAAAAAGACAUCAAUGUUGCAUAGACCUGGAACAUAACGUUUUAAAAAUUGGAACAACAGGGACUGAAACACCAUUUUUACCUGAAAAUGAAUUACCAGAUUGUGGUCGUCUAACUACGUCCAGUGAUCAUGAUGGAACUAAAAAUGAAGAUAAAGAACUAAGAAAAGCUAUAGAUGAAAGCAAAAAAAUGCAACAAAGUAGUAGUACCAGCAGUAAGUCUAGUCAAUCUUUCAAAGAAACUGAUAUUUUAGAACUGAUCAACUUAGGAUUUUCUAGAGAGCAGGUUAUUCAAGAAUUAAAAAGAUUUAAUGGAAAUAAAAACGAAGCUAUGGCCUCAUUGUUUGCAAAAAUAUUAAAAUUUUGACAGUUGUCAGAAGUUUUCAACAAAAUUUAUAUAAAAUUUUCUUCCUCUUCGA